UUGAAGACAGAAAACGCUGGCUAGAAACCACUCCUUAGUGACUGAAUUUAUUCUUGCUGGAUUAACAGAUCGUCCGGAGUUCCGACAACCCUUCUUUUUCCUAUUUCUAGUGAUCUACAUUGUCACCAUGGUAGGCAACCUUGGCUUGAUCACUCUUAUUGGUCUCAAUUCUCACCUCCACACCCCCAUGUACUAUUUCCUCUUCAAUCUCUCCUUCAUUGAUCUCUGUUACUCCUCUGUUUUCACCCCCAAAAUGCUAAUGAACUUUGUUUCAAAAAAGAAUAUUAUCUCCUACGUUGGGUGCAUGACUCAGCUGUUUUUCUUUCUCUUUUUUGUCAUCUCUGAAUGCUACAUGUUGACCUCAAUGGCCUAUGAUCGCUAUGUGGCCAUCUGUAGCCCAUUGCUUUAUAAGGUCACCAUGUCCCAUCAGGCCUGUUCUAUGCUAACUUUUGCUGCUUACAUAAUGGGAUUGGCUGGAGCCACGGCCCACAGCGGGUGCAUGCUUAGACUCACCUUCUGUAGUGCUAAUAUCAUCAACCAUUACUUGUGUGACAUAAUCCCCCUUCUCCAGCUUUCUUGCACCAGCACCUAUGUCAACGAGGUGGUUGUUCUCAUUGUUGUGGGUAUUAAUAUCACAGUACCCAGUUUCACCAUCCUCAUUUCUUAUGUUUUUAUUGUCAGUAGCAUUCUUCAUAUCAAAUCCUCUCAAGGAAGAUCAAAAGCCUUCAGUACUUGUAGCUCUCAUGUCAUUGCACUUUCUCUCUUUUUUGGGUCAGCAGCAUUCAUGUAUCUUAAAUAUUCUUCUGGAUCUACGGAGCAGGGAAAAGUUUCUUCUGUUUUCUACACUAAUGUGGUACCCAUGCUAAAUCCCCUCAUUUACAGUUUGAGGAACAAGGAUGUCAAAGUUGCAUUAAGGAAAGCGCUAAUUAAAAUUCAGAAGAGAAACAUAUUCUAAUUAGAAGCAAUAAUAAUGUAAAACAAUUGAAGUUCUUCAAAGUUUUAAGUUUUUCAUGAAGAGUUUUGUUGCUUCUACAGAUAGUGUUAUGUGUGAUUUUAGGAAACUUGUCUCUUCAUUUCCCUUAUGAGAUCACCUUGUCUCUUUUUUGUUUGUUUGUUUUUGUAUCUCUGGCACUUCUCACAAUUUUACUAAAUAGGUCAUGGCAUAUUUGUAAAAGGAGUAUAUGCACUGAUAUGUUUCAUUAUCAUCUUAUCCCCUUCCUCUCUCCUGGGCUAUCCUUAAUUGGACAAAAAUGGUAAAUUUCAUGAAUUGUAAACAUGUUAAAGUCACAGCUUUCUCACCUAAACACAGAAGUGCCAGGUAUAACAGAAGCAUUCUUAUUUUAUCAACUUUGUUACAGAUAUAGGCAGCAGGAUUUGAUGAAAUGUCUGCAUUACAAAUGUUAGGUGGCUUAAAGCAGAACCAGAUCUUCUUGAUCUUAUCCUUUUGUUCUAUUUCCUCACCGUUUUUCUUUUUCUUAUUUUGACUUUUCUUGUCUCCUCUGAGAAUGGCAAACUUUGUACCAUAUGCCCUUUGUUUCUGAGAACCUCUAUCGUUCCAGUCUAUUUGAAAUAGCAGAGAAUAUGUGUAACUCCACCUAUAUUGCCAAAGGCAGCGUUAACAGAGGAUGAUUAGAGAAAUAAUACAUGUGCACCUCAGGAUCCCAGUAAGGGGGAACAUAGUUCACAUUAUAAAACUUUCAUUCAUUACUAUCUAAAACAGCCUUGAAAAUUUUGAAAAAAAAUAAUGUAGUUCCUACU